AUGCCAGCUCCUGUGUUCUUCUCCGCACUGCCACCGCCUGUGUCCCUCUCCCUACUCCCAUGGCACCGCGGAAAACGCACCUCUGUGUCGGCAUGGCAUGGCACGCGCGCGCAGAUCAUCCACAGUAUUCUCGGCAUCGUGCGCUCGCCCGUGUCCGCCACGCUCCCGCAGAUCGCGUCGCGCCUCUUCCUCGUCUGGGGCGUGCUCUAUCCCGCGCCGCAGGUGCUCUACCCCGCGCCGCAGGUGCGGGAGCACGUUCUGGUGGCGUCGCUGCUGCUCAGCUGGUCCAUCACUGAGAUCGUGCGCUACUCCUUUUUCGCCGUCAAGGAGGCCUUCGGCUUCACGCCCGCGCCUCUGCUCUGGCUCAGGUACAGCAUGUUCUACGUGCUCUACCCCUCGGGCAUCACCAGUGAAGUGGGGCUCGCCUUCCUUGCGCUGCCCUACCUCAAGGCAUCCCACGUGUUCUCGUUUGACAUGCCCAAUAAGGUCAACUUUGCCGUUGACUAUUACCUCGUCUGCAUCCUCAUUCUCCUCACCUACAUCCCCG